AUGUUUUUUGGGGGUGUGAUUUUGUUUCUUGCUGCAUUUUGCGCGGAGGACCCGCUGCCAUGGUUUACGUGCGUGUUGUGUGUCGGUUCUGAUCCAAAAGCCUUCAUUUAGGCUUCCUGGUCCACCACGGACUGGCCGUGCGCCGGGCCCGAUCUGGCACCUGUCCUCCUGAUCCACAGCUGAGACCAGAACCAGGACGGACCCGCUCUGUCAGUGAGGAGAACCGGAACCUUUGGGUUUUUUUCCUUUUAGACGGAACCUGUUUGUUUGUGACACAUGCGGGGAGACACCUGAUCCGCCGGCCUCUCCGCGCGCGCGCACCGCCCCGGAGGCUCGAGUCGGAACCAGAGGCGGACUCAGCCGGCGCUGAUCGGGUUUGUUCCGAGUCCACCAUGGUCCACUGCGCCGGCUGCGAGAGGCCCAUCCUGGACCGGUUCCUGCUCAACGUGCUGGACCGAGCCUGGCACGUGAAGUGCGUGCAGUGCUGCGAGUGCAAGAGCAACCUGACGGAGAAGUGCUUCUCCCGGGAGGGGCGGCUCUACUGCAAGAACGACUUCUUCAGG